GCGCAUGAAGUCAGCCGCCGUUUAUUGACACUUGUUUUGGUGUCGGGGGCGCAGCAGCAGCAGCAAUUUUCAGUUUCGCAACGCGACCGUUUGUAUUUGAGGUGGAUGUUUUGCUGCUGACUGAGGUGCGUUGCAUUCCCGGGUUCUUGAAAAGUAGGUGAUCCUUUGGGCUGUUAUUUCGCAAUGGGGAAACGCAAGAACCAAGCAUUGAUCGACUCGGACUCGAGCAACGACUCAACUAGCGAUCUGGACAGUGAAUUCUUGAAUCUGGCCAAGAAGAAGAGCAAACGGAAGAGAUCACCGAGGGAGAAUAUGAGCUCUGGAUCUGAUUCGGAUUCGGAGAGCGAAGAGGAACCUACCCACACCAAACCGAAGAAACCCAAAAAGCGAAGCUCUGUAUCUUCUGAAUCAGAGAAGGAGGAAGAGGAGGUGGAGGAAGAAGAUGAAGAACCUAAAGUCGAAGAGAAAUCCCAUAAUUCCGAGCCAGAAGAAGGAGAAGUAUCCGAUUCGUCGGAUUCUUCUGAGGAAGAGGAGUUCAAUGACGGAUACGAUGAUCAGCUCAUGGGAGACGAAGAGGAUAGGGCCAGGCUGGCAAGUCUCACGGAGAAGGAGAGAGAGACUGAAAUUUAUAAACGUAUCGAGCAAAGGGAAUUGAUGAAACACAGGUUUGAAAUUGAAAAGAAACUGAGGCAAGCCAAAAAGGCGGAACGAGCAAAGGAGAAGCCCAAAGAGAAGUUACCCAAGGAUAAGGACAAGGAAAAGGAUAACACGAAGAAUUUACAGAAUGAUUUUAGCUCAAUAGACCAUAAAGAAAGGAGUAAAGAACGCAAAAAGAACAUCGAAGAGAACCGCGGGAAAGUUGAUAAGAGGGUGAAUGCUAUGGCAGAAUUGAAAGCACGUCGCGAAGGUAAACAGCGACGAGAAGAAUUGGAAAGCGCCAGAAGGGAGGAGCAAAGAAAGAAGGACGAGGAAGAUGCUAGUCUAUCUUCAAAGAAAAAUGAUAUUAAAUUAAAAGCUUCUGACAUCUACUCCGAUGAUAGUGAUAGUGAUAAUAAAGGAUCUGCCGAAGAAUCCAGGGCACCAUCCCAACGGUCACGUUCCUCAAGGUCUUCUAGCUCGAGCUCCAGUGAUAACGAACAACCUUCAGACGAAGAACGUACUAAAACCAAAUAUAUUCCUACGAAAGCGGACUUGAACUUGAUUCGUCUCUCUAGACAUAAAUUGGAAAAAUUCGUACAUUUACCGUUCUUCGAUCGUAUUGUUAAAGGUUGCUUCAUUCGUAUCGGUAUCGGUCAACACAAAGAUAUACCAGUCUACAGGGCAGCUGAAAUAACUGGAGUACACGAGACGGCAAAAAUUUACAACUUGGGAAAUACGAGAACAAACAAGGGCUGCAAGGUCAGACACGGCAAAGGUGAGAGAGUGUUCAGGCUGGAGUUCGUUUCAAAUCAGGAGUUUACUGAGGGCGAGUACCAGAAGUGGGUGGAAGCCUCUGCUCAGGCAGCCACACCUUUGCCCACUAAAGAAGAGAUAACAAAAAAGCAGGCAGAUAUCAAAGAAGCUUUAAAUUAUGAAUAUAACGAAAAAGAUGUGGACAGAAUCCUGAAAGAAAAGGAUCGUUUCAAGCAGAAAACUUACAAUUACGCAAUGAAGAAGACACAGUUAAUGAAGGAGAGGGAUUCCGCCCUAAGCAGAGGAGACGAAGAAAAGGCACGCGAGUACAAUGAGAAGAUUGCAGAACUCGAGGAACGUGCAUCAGAACUGGACAAAAUGCGAACCUCGACGAUAUCGAGCAUUUCGUACAUAAAUGAUCGAAAUAGAAAACGAAAUGUGGAGGAAGCAGAAAAGGCUAUUAUGGAAGAAGUGCGUGCCAACAAGGGUAAAAAGAUUGAUGAUCCGUUCACGAGGCGUUCAACAAAACCGCGGAUGAACUUCAAGGCUGCCCCAGAGGAAGCCCAUGAGACAGCUACGGUAGUGAUCGCGGAACCAGAGGAAAAGGAGUCAGAAAAGGAGAAACCGAAAGCCACUCCAGCCCAGGUGACCCAGGAUGACCUGUUCUCCGCCCACGACUUUGACAUCAAGAUCGAUCUCGAGUUGCCGCUCCCAUCGGCUCAGUCCGUCAGCGUUACCGUGAAAAACUCUACAACGAACAGCUUGGGACCAAGGCGGAGCCUGAAUUUGCAGGAUUACAAAAAGAAGAGAGGACUCAUCUAGUAUACACUGAAAAUGGGGAAUGAUACUUACCGUAUCAUUUUCAAGUUCAAGAAGUGAACAACUAUAUAUAUACAACAUAAUUCUCCGUUUUUUUUUUAGUAUGAUAAUGAAGUAUUCAUUUUUGUUUUUUUUAAGCUAGGGAUUAAGUUUCAAACGUGACUUAUUAUUAUUUUUAAUUACUAUUUUUGAUGACGAGACCACACAUACACACGUUCAUUUUUAUUAAAUCUUUUAAUAAAUCAAGAUAGUUUACUCAUGUUAAGCGAGGACACAUUCGAUCCUCCGGAAAAGAAAAUAUAUUUUAAUAUUUUAAGAAAA